UGCCAGUGCUUGUAACCACACCCCAAAGGGGGGGAAGUCUUCGAGUGGGGGUGGAGAGAUGGUGACAGAUGCCGUGAGAGUUGCUUUUGGCACCGAAAGAGGAGGGACGCCGGCUCUUGGGAGCAACUGCAGGGAGGCCGGCAGCGAGAGCGGUGGCGAGCGCCCGCUGUAACCCUCCCGCCUUGCCCCGGCCAUCCUCUGAGGCGCGCGCGAUGGGCUCUCCUCAGGUUUCGGCACUGGCGCACCUCUUCAAAGGGAGCUUUGUACACUCCAGCAGCUCUUCGCCUAUGGACAUCGUGCAAGGCCACCUGUUGGGGGUCGAGGAAAGCGGGAAGAUUGCCUUUUUUGAACCAGUUGAAGAACAGGAGAAAUUGGCAAAGAAGUGGGGGUUCAAAAUAUCUGAAAUACGGGAGCUCAGUAACAAUGAAUUCUUCAUGCCUGGUUUGGUUGACACACACAUCCAUGCACCGCAGUACUCUUUUUCAGGGACACGAGUAGAUCUGCCUCUUUUGCAGUGGUUGAAGGCAUACACUUACCCAACAGAAACCAAAUACAAAGACAGUGAUUUUGCAGAAGAGGUGUACACUAGAGCUGUGAGACGAACUCUCAAGAAUGGGACAACUACAGCCUGCUACUUUGCAACAAUUCACACUGAUGCCUCUUUGCUUCUUGCUGAUAUUACAGAUAAAUUUGGACAAAGGGCAUUUGUGGGUAAAGUUUGCAUGGAUAUUAAUGAGAGUUGUCCAGAUUAUAAAGAAAUCACUUCAGAAUCUAUCAAGGAAACUGAAAGGUUUGUUAGAGGAAUUCUGGAGAAGAAAUAUGCAAGGGUGCACCCCAUAUUAACACCCCGCUUUGGACUAUCCUGUACAGAGAAGAUGCUUAGUAGCCUGGGUGACCUGGCAAAGGCUCAUGACAUUCAUGUGCAGAGUCACAUAAGUGAGACAGAGGAAGAAAUCAAGCUUGUAGAAAAAAUAUUUCCUACCUAUCAAAAUUAUACAGAGUUAUAUGAUAAAAAUAAACUUCUUACAAACAAGACGAUAUUGGCUCAUGGCUGCCAUCUUUCGGAUGAAGAGCUGAAACUUUUUACUCUUAGAGGAGCUGCCAUUGCACAUUGCCCCAAUUCCAACACAGCAUUGUGUAGUGGCUUUUUAAAUGUAAAAAAGGUUCUGAAGUACAAUGUGAAGCUUGGCCUUGGCACAGAUGUUGCUGGUGGCUAUUCAGCUUCCAUGUUUGAUGCUAUCAGAAAGGCACUUAUUGUAUCAAAUACCUUGAAAAUUAAUAAAGAGAAUGAAGAAGGCUUAACACUGAAGGAAGUUUUUCGACUAGCAACUCUUGGAGGAAGCCAAGCCCUAGGUCUAGAUGCUAUCAUUGGAAACUUCGAGGUUGGAAAAGAAUUUGAUGCGCUGCUUAUCAACACCAAAGCUUCAGAUAGUCCUUUUGACUUAUUUCCUUCUGAUACGUUUGAGGAUAUUAUCCAGAAAUUCCUGUAUCUGGGUGAUGACCGGAAUAUUGAGGAAGUCUAUGUGGCUGGCAAACUAGUGGUCCCAUUUUCAAGUUCAGUAUAAGAUUUCUGCAUAAUGUUCGGUGGUAACUUUGUAACUUGGAAGGAUUAGUUGAAAAUGCGGUGCCUUGUUGUGAUGCUGUGCUCACUUUGUUUAGUAUGGUUCUGAUUUGCACAAAUAUUGUGAAUUUCAUCAGAUAAAAAAUGUAUUGGUAUCCCACUAGUAUGAAGAGCCCCUUCUAUCUCCCCAGCUAGGGGGAUUUACCCCAGCUGAAAGUAUACCUGAAAAAUACCUAUUGGUAUAUUUGGUAUAUUUAUUGGUAUAUUCCAACAUUCCAAAGAUAUCCAGGAAUUUUCAGAUAAACACCAAAAAAAUCCUGACUGUAUUCAGAGUAGAUCCAAAAAACAGCUGAGAGGCUGGUGCAUAUUGCUUCUGCUUCUCCACUGUUUGUUGGGUUUUCAACUGCAGUCCCUUUAAAGUUUAAAAGGACUGCAGAAGCCAGUCCAAGGAUUACCUGAGUCAACAGGAAGCAGAGCAUUCCUGAAGCCUCAUUUAAACAGGGCUGCACAGAAAGCCAGCCCUAAGAUCAGCUGAACCAGUGGGAAGCAGAGCAUUCCCCAAGUGGUCCACUUUGGGCUGGCUUUUCAUACAGCCUUCUUUAAAUGGGGCUAUAUGGAAAGCCAGCCCAAAGAUCAGCUGGGCCCACAGGUAGACUGCUCCCUGCAGGUCAGCUGUUUGUCAGCUUUUUAAAAUGACUUUGCCACUAUCUCCCUCCCUUCUCAGGUCUAUUGGACAUGAAAAAAAAUGAAGAUCUUUUUUUAAAAAAACAAACAAACCCAGAUCCAAAUACAAUAUCAGUAAUAGGAUCCAGAAUUUUUCUGAAAUCCUGAAAUGUUUUCAGGUCCAAUCGAUCCAAAUUGAAAAAAA